CGCAAGGCACGACUCAUUAGUUAUAUUGCUUAACCCCUCGUGACGAUCCAGGGCUGACACGCGACAAUCGCCCUCGCAUAAUGAUCGCCGCAGGUGUUGCAGUAUUUUCAUGUGAUGAGAAGAACACACGCAGCCGCGCCCUCAACCCAGUCUGAUCCCCUGGAGCGAGCGGUCACUGCAGAUGCAUGUUGUUUCCAGACCGUGUUCUGUAUAGUCGCAAUUGCUGUGUGUCCGUUCCAAGCUCUGUCUCAACUCGGAUAAUUUCCAAUAGUGCUGUAUGACGACGGCCGAACAAGCGGCCUGGUCUCGAUGUAUCGGAGUAUUCGGAGAAAAUCUCGCGGAUGUCACUAUCCGCAUUCCCCCCACCGGUUCGAGCUUCCUACGAUUGUGAAAGGUCUUUCCUCUCCCUCCCAAGUAUUGACAAGUGCUCAAGUGGGUCUGGCUGCUGCUGCCAGACAACCCGAGCGAUAUCAGAAGCUGGCAGUGAUAGACGCUAUCAAAGCAAUGUAUCAUCUUGAUUGGUCCGCUUGCGCCCGCCGGCCGUUUUUUGCUUGCGACAUGAUGUAUGCACCGGGCCUGUUACGGCGAGCAAGUCCCGUCGUCUCCGGUUCUCACGUUGUCGCAAACCGCACACGUAGAUGUUUUGUGGGUCGUAUGUUAUCCAAUGUGUACAGUUUUGUUUCGUGCCUAUCUAUGAAGGAGUGGCCGUGUGUAGCCGAUCUGGAUCGUCAUGUAUUUGUUGUACGGGCGGCGGAGGGAAACGGGCGUGCGUGCGUAAGCCAGCGCAUGCUGUUACUGUAGAAGCACCAGCGCGAGUAAUCGCACAGCACAACACAUCACAGUCCAGCACUGCA